AUGACAGUGCUCAGUGCUGGGAGUCCCCUGCUCAUGCUGAAGGGUUUUACUUCUCCUCAACUUGCCGUCCAAGUGGCAGUUGUGAUCUCCAAGAUUGCACGGGUGGACUACCCCAAAGCCUGGCCGGACCUCUUCCAAACGCUGCUGGCGCUCCUGUCUGAGGCCACCUCCAGGCACACAGAGCAGCGCACGCUGCUGGUCCUGCAUCAUGUGCUCAAGGAGCUGGCCUCCAAGCGGCUCCAGUCCGACCAGCGUGCCUUUGAGGCGGUGGCAGCCCUCCUAACUCGGCCCCCUGGCGUCCCGCUGACCCUGCGCUGCCCGUCCUACCGAGGCGCCAGCGCGGCCCUGACCCUGAACCUGUCGGCGCGGCGCCAGGUGGAGCAGCAGUCCUCCAUGGCGGCCGAGGUCCGAGCCGGGCUGGAGGAGUUCUGGGGCGCGGAGGACCGGCGCCCACGCCUCCUCCGCAGCCUGGUCCUGCGCUACAUCCCGCUGACCUCGGAGGACCUGGAGGAGUGGGCCGUGGGGCCGGAGGCCUUCCACCACGCCCUGAUGAACGUGGCCUGGGAGGAGAGCGUGCGCGGGUGCGCCGAGAACCUGGCCCUGGCCCUCUUCGAGGGGCACCGCAAGGAGCUGGCCCCCGUGGCCGUAGGGCUGCUGCACGCGGCCUGCGCCUCGCCCAACGUGCUGGAAAGGGAGGCGGCAUACCGACUGGUGGCCGUGGCUGCCGAGGAGCUGCACGGCGCGCUCGACUUCCCUGCCUGGCUCCACUCCACGCUGCUGCCGGAGGCACACGGCGCGAACCUGGCCGCGGCGCGGCCGUCGCCAAACCCCCUGCGCCGCGCGGCCUUGCUCCUGCCCGGCCACUGGCUGGGGGAGCUGAAGAGCGAGGACCGCAUGGCUCUGCACACCACCAUGCUGUGUGCACUGGGCAGGGAGUGCGACAUGGCCGUGCGUCUGGCGGCGCUGGUCACCCUGCGCGCCCUCGUGGACGACUGGAGCUUUGAACAUGCCGAAUACACGCCCUUUGUGGCCUCCAGCUUUGAGGCAGUGGGUGCCAUGCUCCAGGACGCGACCGAGCUGGACACACAGCUGCAGGCCUUCGACUACUUGAACACCCUGAUUGGCCGGCUGCGGGAAGGCGUCGCGCUGGGCACGCUGUCCCGCGUGCUGUGCGCGCUGGGCCUCGACUCCCCGGCCGUGCACCCGGCGCUGCUGCCGGCGCUCCACGCCGCGCUGGACCCCUCCGCCGACUGCGGCGUGUGCGAGGACGGGCUGCAGACCUGGCUGGUGGCGCUGCGGUGCAGCCCCGACCUGCCCGGCGGCGGCGCCUCGCCCCUGCUGAGCGACCUCUGGGCCCGGGCCUGGCCCUCCGCCAUGGACGGCAGCACGGAGCACGUGGCGGUGGGUUGCCGCAUCGCCACCUCCGCUCUGCUCCUGGGCGGGCCGAGCUUCCUGGCCCAGCACGGCGCGGGCCUGGCCGCCACGCUCGCCGCCUGGCUGGUCGGCGUGAACGACCGCGGCGCGGCACACGCCGCCCACACGCUGGCGCUGGCGUGCCAGACUGCGGCGCGCGGCCUCAUGCGCGUCUGGCUGGACCACCUGGACGCGGUUGGCCGCCCGGGGCAGCGCGUGCUGCACGCGCUGGGGCUGGCGGCCAUGCUGCCCGCACCCGUGCAGGGCCUGCUUGGGUGCCUGGGCGAGGUCACCGCGCACUACUCCGCGACGAGCUACAACGUGGUGUGGGCGGGGUCACCCUCAAGGGAGGGAGCGGCGCGGGACGCGCUCAGGCUGGACUUCCUGCCCCCACCCCCCGCGCACGACGAGGCCGAGGCGGUCGCCAGCGAGGAUGCGGUGGGGGAGGGGCGCCGGCGCGACGCGCUCUGGCAGGCCGACCCCGUGCACACGCUGAGCAUGCGGGGCUUCAUGAGGGAGCAGCUGGAGGCAGCGGCAGCAACGCACGGCAAGGCGGGGCUGCUCAAGGCCGCCGCCGACAUGGACCCCUCGAUGCAGAGCGAGCUGUGGAGCUUGGCCGAGGCCGAUGGCGACUAG